GGGACGUCACGCACACUGGCGUCGUGUCGGGAUUGGAAUGUAACAAGAGUAACAAUCGGAGCAACUGAGCAAUAGGCGAUUGGGCUCGCGGAUCAAGGAACUCCGUUGAUUUUAUUAAAGGAAACAUCCUGUGAAACUCGCUCACUGUCCUCGUGUUUUCGCCGAAAGGGAAACGCCGCUUUCCAGAGCCGGUGUCCCGAUGAAGAGGAAAUGUUCUUCUUGCGUGUGUGAAGAUCCACAGAGAGCGCAGGAAUAAGAGACAUGCAGGGAUUCGUAAGGUUAACGUCGUUGCCGUGAACUGACCCGUCCGUAGACUAUUAUUGUUUCGGAGGUGAAUGGAGUUACUCUGCGAGCGGAGGGCUGUGUUUUAGUCUGGACUCCACAGCAUCGGAGAUAAACCUCGGUCGUUGUUUUAUUAACGACUUUCCAUCUUAUCCAGUGGGACCCGCGGCUCUCCAAAGACAAACUCCACGAGUCAGUGCCACCGCAACUCUCCGGUGCGAGUCGGACCGUGCGACGCAUUUAUCUAGUGCGUGUCCUGUCAACAAACGUUGCAUUUUUAUUAUUCCGCCGGGGGAAAACUAAAUCAGUGAGUAAGCAUAUCUGCUUGUGUUUAUAAUGAUCUUAACAGGAACGGUCACUGUUACGGCUGCACUGUGAGAUGUUGCUACUAGACCGACGAGGGAGAGCGAGGAACCCGGAGUAAAAUCGCCCACAUGCGCUGGAUCAGUCGCUUGCUGUUCGGUGAUCGGAAUCUGAAGAGGGAAGACGUGAGUUGUAAAUCCUCGCAGGCUGGAAGAUGGCGGAGCGGUACUAUAGCUGGAGGAGGUGGUGUUGAGAGACAAACUUCCAACCGAUUGAGAUUUAUUUGCAAAUACCGCGAUCUGGCCUUCAGGACACAUGCAGGCCAAAAAACGAUAUCUGAUCUCACUCUUGACUGGCGCCUUUCUAGUUCUGCUCUUUUACUUUGGAGGGGUGGUCCCGGGUCCGGCGGCCACCGGGUCCAGGAGCCGGCAUGGAUAUAAUCGUCCCGAACAGCCGUGGCCACACUUCUCGGAUCCCUUACAACACUUAAGCCCGUGGGACCACUCGGACACGGAGGACUAUAAUGUGCACAUAUCGCCCAGGCAGAAGAGAGACGUUAACUCGAGCGUUUACAAGGCCAAAAGGUGCCGCAUGCAAUCAUGCUUCGAUUUCUCCUUGUGUCAAAGGAAUGGAUUCAAAAUGUACGUGUACCCGCAGCAGAAGGGCGAGAAGAUCUCGGAAAGUUACCAGAACAUUUUAUCCACCAUCGAGGGCUCUAGGUUUUACACUUCUGACCCUGGUCAAGCGUGUCUGUUCGUCCUGAGCUUGGACACUCUUGACCGAGACCAGUUAUCGCCACAGUACGUGCACAAUCUCAGAACCAAGGUACAGAGCUUGCCUCUGUGGAACAAUGGUAGAAACCAUCUCAUAUUUAAUUUGUAUUCGGGCACAUGGCCUGACUACACGGAAGACUUGGGCUUUGACAUCGGUCAGGCCAUGCUGGCCAAAGCGAGCAUCAGCACGGAGAACUUCAGACCCAACUUUGACGUAUCCAUCCCCUUGUUCUCCAAGGAGCACCCAAGGACCGGUGGGGACAGGGGCUACUUGAAAUACAACACCAUUCCACCUUUUAGAAAGUAUAUGUUGGUAUUUAAGGGGAAACGCUAUUUGACCGGCAUCGGCUCGGACACGAGGAAUGCCUUACAUCACGUUCAUAACGCGGAGGAUGUAGUUCUCCUCACCACCUGCAAACACGGCAAAGACUGGCAGAAACACAAGGACGCGCGAUGCGACAAGGACAAUUCCGAGUAUGACAAAUAUGACUAUCGUGAAAUGCUGCACAAUUCCACCUUCUGCCUGGUUCCUCGAGGACGACGACUGGGAUCCUUUCGCUUCCUGGAGGCUCUGCAGGCGGCCUGUGUGCCGGUCAUGCUGAGUAACGGUUGGGAACUCCCCUUCUCAGAGGUCAUCGACUGGAACACGGCUGCUGUGAUCGGGGACGAGAGGCUCCUGCUGCAGAUCCCAUCCACUGUGCGCUCCAUUCAUCAGGAUAAGAUUCUGGCUCUGCGGCAGCAAACGCAGUUCUUGUGGGAGGCCUACUUCUCGUCUGUGGAGAAGAUUGUGCUCACCACUCUAGAAAUCAUACAGGACCGAGUGCUUCAGCAGACCUCCAGGAGCAAUCUGAUGUGGAACAGUCAUCCCGGUGGACUUUUUACACUGCCCCAGUACUCAUCCUACCUGGGCGACUUCCCUUUCUUCUACGCCGAACUUGGGAUCAAGCCGAAUCCCAAGUUCACUGCUGUUAUCCAUGCCGUCACACCCCUGGUUUCUCAGUCUCAGCCCAUUCUCAAGCUCCUCAUCUCAGUGGCAAGGUCCCAGUACUGUGCUCAGAUUAUUGUAUUGUGGAAUUGUGACAAGCCUUUACCUGCCAAGCAUCGGUGGCCGGCCACCUCAGUGCCCGUUAUUGUAAUUGAAGGAGAGAACAAGGUCAUGAGCAGUCGGUUUCAGCCCUAUGACAGUAUCAUCAGCGAUGCAGUGUUAAGUCUGGAUGAGGACACGGUGUUGUCAACCACUGAGGUGGACUUUGCCUUCACAGUGUGGCAGAGUUUCCCUGAGAGAAUUGUGGGAUAUCCUGCCCGCAGUCAUUUCUGGGACAAUAAUAAGGAGCGCUGGGGUUACACCUCUAAAUGGACCAAUGACUAUUCCAUGGUUCUCACCGGAGCUGCCAUUUACCACAGAUAUUACCACUUCCUGUAUUCCCACUUCCUGCCAAGUAGCCUGAAGAGCAUGGUGGACCAGCUGGCGAACUGUGAGGACAUCCUCAUGAACUUCCUAGUGUCUGCUGUCACCAAGCUGCCGCCCAUCAAGGUCACACAAAAAAAGCAGUACAAGGAGACCAUGAUGGGUCAGUCGUCUCGAGCUUCGCGUUGGGCGGACCCGGACCACUUUGCCCAGCGCCAGACCUGCAUGAACAAGUUCGCCAGCUGGUUUGGCGGCAUGCCACUGGUCCACUCCCAAAUGAGACUGGACCCCGUUCUGUUUAAGGACCAGGUCUCCAUCCUCCGUAAGAAAUACAGGGAGAUCGAGCGGCUCUGACCAGACUGGCGCCCCUUGAUGGACAUUCAACAGGGGGCCGCGAUAGACACAAGUAAAGGACAAGGACAGCAGGAUGUGACGGCCUCUGUGGACCUUCAGACACACGUGACACACUUUUAACUCUUCGGAAGAUUUAGUUUUGUUUCAAGGUUGGUAACAAAUGCCACAGAAAAACUCAUCUUUCCCAGCACAUGAGCGAGUUGUUGGACGACAGGAGGGACGCGUCAUCGUGUUAGCACUUCUUCACCCCGCCACAUCUAGAUCCAUCCAUCCAUCCUCCUGCCUCGGAUGUCAGAAUCACUUUUUUCUGAAUCACUUCUCUCCAAGGUCUCGAGCCAUGAUUGUGUACGAUUAAGCCCAUGGUUUUAUUUCCAAGUUUGAGGUGUUAGGGGGUUUUUUUCCUUUUCAAAAGGCUUCAUAAUCAUUUAGUUUCAGUGGAAGUAAUUUAAGGCUGUGAUGUAGACGGUGCAGGUGAAAAGUUCACAGACGCAGAAAUAUUGCAGUGUGCAAAAAAGGGCCAUAACAUUACAUUCGAAACGGUGGUCCCUCUUAUUAGUGGCAUAAAAACCAUUUAAAAACCCUGCAGUAUUUUAUUUCUUAUUUUCAAAAAUGGUGCCAAGACUAAUGAUUUGCCUUAAGUGGCUUGUCAAACCUUCCCUACCUAAUUAAUUCAUGCAAUUCCACCUUAAAGUUUAUAAAGAAAUUCAUUAGAAAUGCCUAAAUCCUCAUGUUAUUAAACAGCCUGACUUGAAAAU